GGAAGUAGUAUGUUGUCAAUCACUCUUGUUUUGGGAAUACUUGCUUCAUGUCAAGGUGCUGAUCCAGCGUUUGAUGUUGGUACAGGAACAAGUAACCAACCAAUUUCUGGCAAUGAAUGCCCUGAGUCCCAAUCAAUAGACGAGGAUCUUACGUACCUGGACCACCCGCGAAUCCACUUUAGUGGUUUAUAUCAAGCAGAUGUUGCCACUAUUAAUAACUACUAUGAUAACUUCAACACAAGCAGCUUCAGUUUACUGAAUCAGUUAGUCAAGAAAUCAAUGUAUGCGAGCUUUAACCCUCUCGGAAGCAACGGCUUUUCAUUUCAGAACUGUAAGAUUACGAUGGUGUGCCGUGUUGAUCGUUCUUGCACAACAGACGAUGAGCUGGUGGGAAUGCCUCUUGAAAGUACUGCUGGUCAUGCUUCUGGAAAGAUUGUCGAUACGGAUGUUGAACUGGGACAGGCAAUGAUCUAUGGCAUGGCAAUUGGAUUGGAUAUUCACAAAAGCAAACCAUUUAUAGGGUUGCUACGCCCGAGUGGAGAGCAGGACCCAUGGAGAAAUGUUUGGAAUGGAGACAAUAUUGAUCCUAAUUGGCAAACAGGGUAUCAGUCGGUACUUGAAAAUUUGAAAUGGAAUGAUCAGUCACAUUUGCUAGUCAACGAUAGUGUUCUUCACCAGUUGAAGAACAGUGUUGAAGUUCUGUCAAUUAAAUUUAACUUGGAUCAUUACCAUCAAGAAAACUUCUCUGAUCCGCUAUUUCUUUAUGGACGUGUGACUGGUACAAUUGGUCCGGGUAGCCUAAAUAGACCAGUUCACUAUUUGAGGCAGAGGCUUCUUCAGUUUGUGCAAAACCCUGUUGCCACUGGCCUGGUUGAUACGAAUAAAAAGAGAUUUACUAACACAGCAGCAUUUAAGGUGCAAACUGCAAGUCAACAUGUCACUUUUGACUUUGGAAAUGCAGUGUGCCGUAGCACAUAUGGAGGUGGUUGGAACUUUCCCAUGAUGGGCAACGAGCUUGUGAUCGUAACUCGUGAUGGUAAACAUGUCAUUGAGACAAUAGACUUGACAUCAGAUAAUUGGUACACAAUAAAUGCUGGAAUAUUUCAGGUUCGUCUUACAUCGCAACUAGUAUCUGUUAUUAAUUCAAGUCCAGUCGAUGUAUACAAUGAGAGAGAUGAGCUAUUGAUGCAAGAAGUUGAAGUCUAUUCUCGGCCAAUGGAUGGAUUUGUGAAGAAACUGGAUCCCAAUGAUACAUGGGAUGUCACUUUCUUUGUCAACAAGUUAGGAAAAAGUUUGCCUAAUCAUGUAUCGACACUUCAAGUGUUACUUGCCAGCAGCCACACUGCAAAUGACAAAAAGGAACAAGCAAUGAAGGCAUUUCAGAUUACAAAUGCGUUACCAGAUCCAAAUCAAAAGUACACUUACUCUUUCACUAGCAACUGCUCUGGGAUGUUUACUGUGCAGUUUAAAGCUUCAAAUCCUGGAAAGCUUCGAGAAUACGUAGAUGGUGAAGUGUAUAAAGUGUCCUAUGUUUCUGAUAUAGAUAAUCAAGGCUAUACAUACCUUUAUGCACGUGUGUUUGAUGAAUUUCCUGUUCCUGAUGAGCCAACUUGGUUUGGAGAGAAUGGUGUGGAGAAGAUUCUGCUACAGUAUGACAACCUUUUCCCUGUGAUGAGAAAAUUUCUUGUGCUAUCAGACUAUUGCAGUGUAACAAAGCCCUCAAAUAUCCACUUUGUGAACUUAUCGAUGUCAUUGAGUAUUUCUCAACCGGGGCACAUGCCCGUUACCCGUGAUCUCUCAAAAGGAAAACGGGAGACUAUCUUGAAAUGGUUAGGCUCACCAAAGCGAGGUAAUGUCAAAUUGAUGGAUUUUGAGAAUCUCAAGCAAAACCUUCAGACUGCUAUUGAAGUAGAGCAUUCGACAAUUCCUCUCUACUUGUAUUCCUUAUUUUCGAUCAAGCCAGGCUCUAAUGUACAAGCUUAUAAUCUCAUUCGGAGUGUUCUCAUGGAAGAGAUGGUUCACAUGGCGUUAGCGUGUAAUAUAUUGAACGCAGUAGGUGGUAGCCCCAACUUGACUCAUGAUAAGUUUAUUCCCAUAUAUCCAGGGCCAAUGGCUGGUGGUUUGCAUCCUGAGUUAACUCUUCGCCUGGGGCCUCUAUCGAAAGAUAUUUUGAAGAACGUCUUUAUGGUUUUGGAGGAACCAAGACGGGAUCCUAUUGAACAUGAUCCUGAAAUCCAUAAUAAGACUAUUGGUAUGUUCUAUCAUAAGAUACAAUUGUCUCUUGCAAAGUUGGUUGACGAAAUGGGAGAAGCAAACGUUUUUGUUGGUGAUCCUAGUCUUCAAGUAGAUGGAACGUGUUUUCCUCCAGAAACUGCGUCAACGGUGUUCAAAGUGACUGACUUGGAAUCAGCAAACAAGGCAAUUGAUUUGAUUGUCAGAGAAGGUGAAGGUUCUAGUCAGCUGAACCCAAAUGAUGGAGAGGGGGAGCUUGCUCACUUUUAUAAGUUUGCUGAAAUUUAUCAUGGACGACAGUUGGUGAGAAACAACGAGACUGGGAAUUGGUCGUAUACUGGUGAUCUUAUUCCUCUUGAUCCUGAAGGCAUCUAUCCACUUAUUUCCAACCCUCGACUUGAAGACUAUCCAGAAGGUUCACGUGCUCGUUUUCUUGCAGCCGAUUUCAGCAGAUGUUAUCUCAAUCUUCUUGGUCAACUUCAGCUCGCAUUCAAUGGACAGCCUGAAUUUGUUGGCGAGACAUUUGGUGCUAUGAAUUUCUUAUCAAUCAAGGCCAGUCACGUGACCGUUCUCCCACUGAAUGAACUUGCAACAAAACAUGCCGGGCCUACGUUUCUCAAUCCUCUUUUGAUGCCCUGAGCUUCAAGUUGCUAGAUAUGCUGUUACUGGUUCGUUCAAUUAUGUAUCUUAGCUGUGCAAGGAAUCCAAUGAAUUAGUAGAAUGAGAUGUAGUAGAGAUGCUGUUAGAUUAGGUAUUUUUGUGUGUGGUGAGUUAUUUUUGUUGUGUGUCUUAAUGCAUGCCAUUUUAGUGUCAUAGGGAUUUCUAGAGAACUGGUUCAGAAAUUGGUGGUAAGGAAAUGCAUGAAAUGGUUUUGAUUGUAGUUAUCAAUAGUGCGAUAAGCAAGGCUAUUCAUAGUUAUAUUGCAAGAAUGCAUUGCGUACUA